UAAAAGACAACCAUAACAACAGCAUGGAUGUGAAAGCAAAGAAAGAACUAAUCAAAGUUAGGAAAGCAGUAAAGAGGAAACUGCAAAUGUUAAAGGAAUCGAUGGUAGGACAGAAUCUUCUAUUGCAACAAGCUUAUCAACCAAUUACAAAAUCGCUUCUUCACUUGAAAUCUGAGUUGGGUGAAGAGAUCAAAAAGGAAUUAAAACCAGAGGUUGUUAAUUGGUCGAAAGUUGAUAUUCCAGCAUCAUCAACUCCAAUAAAAAUUAGAAAACUUGAUCCUUCGAAUGCUCCAGCUACCAUACUUCAAGGUCCUCCUUCCUUCUUAAGGGAAGAAAGUGUAUAUGAAGUUGACCCAAGAAGGGAUGACAGUGAGUUCGAACAAUUAAAAAAAGCAUAUAUAGAUUAUAUCAAUAGCUCUCGAUUUGGAGAAUAUUUGGAGGAAUUCGAUCCUCUACCUCGUGACUAUAUAGAAGGAAUUAUUAAAGACUAUGAAGGUGAUAGAUUUAACACUGACGUUGUGAAUCCCCGUCUUGACAAAGUUCGAUACGAAUGGGACACAAAUAAAUUUUUUAUCGGUGAUUCUGAAAUAGAUUUUGAUGGAUCAGACGUCGUAAUCGAUGGAAAAUUUAAAUACACAGGUACUGUGGGAUUAUACGAGCAACUGUUUAAAUUAAGUUCUGAAUAUCCGACAUCAAUUAAAGAACGGAGAGACUAUGCGGAUAUAUUAAAACGUACGGGAGCAGUAUACAAUUUAAGGCAGCAAACAACGAAGCCUUCUAAAGGUGGAGGCUUAUCGUUGUUGACUUACAACGAAAAACCGAUAGAAUACAAAUAUUUUGAUGAUGUUAAUGAAUUGUGUGAUCGUUUAAAGUUAUUGGUUGCUUCUCAACAAGCAGGCAACACAAAUCAUGAAAACGAAAUGCAAUCAAUUUUAGAAGAGUUGCGGGAGUCUAAUAUAAUCGAAUAAACGAUUUGUGGGGGUGGUUAGUUAGAUAAUGGCGAUCGAUAAGUUCGGACGUGCGUUAGAAAAAAAACGAUCAUAUUCGCGAGCAUUUAGCAAUGUUCACGAUUUUAAUCAUAACCGCUUAACAAGAAUCGGGGACCCUCAGCAGGAGCAUGAUGCUGUUAAUGUACGAUUUUUGGAGAAGAAGCUGAAACUUCUUUUAUCUCAAGAUGAUAUAGUGAAUAUUAGGAAGGCAUUCGACAAAGUAUUAUAUUUUGUUGACGUGGGUAAUAAACGUAUUAUACACUUGAAUGAGCCUACAGCUGGCUUUCAUGCAGCUACAAAAAAAUAUGUAGACGAAAAGGAUAGGUUAACAAAAGAACAUAUCAGAAUAGA